UCGGGAGUGCUCUCGACCUCAAGUAUCCCACAGUCCAAUGGGCUUGUGUGAAUGACUUAAUGCAAGUUGCUGCCCUCGCCAAGCAUAAUAAAGGCACAAAUGACCCGGCCAGAUUUUACUAAAUCUCUUAUUGAUGGUCAGUCGGUCUAUGUUCGAAGUGAUCUUUUCUUUUUUUCUACUUAAUAAUUUGCUAGCGUUCGGGGCUUGAAAUUUACUUAACGCGCAACACCAAAGUACCUUGAAUCUUGUAAAAACCAACAGAAUUGAGAAGAAGAUACAUAUAUGAAACAUAAUGAAAAGUGAGCUCGGGGUUGGUCUUCCUAGGCGGUUUGGAAGCGAGGUUGGUACACUAAAAUAGAAGUAAAAUCUCGUGAUAGACAGAAGCAUUUUGACCAGGUAAUACUAAAGAAAGAAGAGAGAGCUUAUAGUUGAAAUCCGGCAGGCCGGUAACUUUGUCUCUCCCACAACACGAACCUUAAGAAGACGCGUUUCUAGGUCUCCUUAGUUGCCCCGCUGUCCGAGAGAGAGUCUCUAAAUUAUCUGACAUUCUCCUCUCUUUUAUUUUUUUUUCUUUUCGACCGGCCCGAUCACUUUGGCAUUUUAGUACCGUUCCCCCUGUCCUCAGCAAUCUGCCAAACCGAAAAUAACAAUUCACCCGCUCUUUGGUCUUUCCACCCCUCCUAAGAAAAUCCAUACAUCUCCUCUCUUCCUCUUUGUCUUCCUGUCAAUCUGUCUAGUACAGCAGCACCGAGAAUGGGGGAGAAGGCAACCAUGGCGAAGGCGAGGAUGGAGCUCGAAGAAUUGUACCUGGGCAUCCCCGAUGAGUCGGUCAACUUGACAUUCCAGGACCUUGCUGACGUGAAGAAGCAUGCCCAUCGUCAUCCUCUUCAUGCUCUCUCCUCCUCCUCCUCCUCCUCCUCCGCCACCGCAACUGCCGCUGCCUUGGACCCCAUCUCUGAAAACAAACCUACAAAAUCAGAUGCGGCAGCAGCAGCAGCAUCUCCUGUCUUCAGGAAACUGCCCAGUCUCGAUUUCAGUAGAGGCUUGCAAGCAUCAAACCAUCACCAUCCCCUUAAUCAGUCUAACCAACUCUCCAGGGACACCCGGGAUUCUCCAUUAGGCCAUCGAUCCUAUGUCGGCGAGGACCAUAAUGACGAGUACCGAUAUGGACAUAGCCGUGCAAGCUCCGGCAGAAACACUCACUUGGACAUGAGGCGUACAGGUAUGGCGGAGAACAUCAGCAUGGCUCAUGAUGACAUGACUAGCAUGAGCAUGAGCAUGAGCGUCAGCAUGGCCGCUCAUGGCCAAAGACGGCGACCCGGCGUCCCCCACUCCAAUAUCUGCACCAUCUGCUCGACUUACAUCUACAUCUUCCGACAUCGCUGCCUCGUGUGCGGAAGGGUAUACUGCAGGCAGUGCGUGAGCAUAGGCAUGGGAGAGAUGACCGAAGGUAGAAAAUGCAUCGAGUGUCUUGGCCGGAGAUUUAGCCAAAGGUACAUCCAGAGAGCAGGCCAAAUUGGGUGCUGCUCUAGGUAUCCAAGCAUAGUGAAGCAAGCAGAGCUGAAAUGGGCCGAGAAAGGACCGAGGAGGAACGCCGAGAGAGCGUAUGGCCACGGCGGUGGCCGCAGCCAUAUGGUCUCGGGGUCCAGAAGCCCAGUCACCCCGAGGACCCCGACCAGGGCCCAUCCCAGCAGCACCGGCAUCAACACAAGCAAUCCUCCUUCCUUUGUCUACUCCCCUUACUCUCCUCACAGCCACCACCACCUUCCUUUCUAAAUUUCACGAAGACUUGUCGAUUUGCUCUUUGAUCCUUUUGCAUAUCUUUCUGGUCAUUUAUAGUAUCAUUUAUAUUAUUUUGGGGUCAAUCCUACUAAUGGGGAAGAGGAUCGUCUCCUACCUCAGUUGGGUUUAUCUAUUGCUUGCUCGCUUUAUGACAUCUCUAUAAAAUUGAAGAGCUUAUUCCA